AACAUGUGCGCCGUGCACAGAGGCCCCUGUCAUGAACCGCCACAGCCGAAUUAUCACGCAGCCCAAGGACCAGGGCGCAAGCCAGGUGCGCCGCCCACUAAUGCCUGCCUUCUCAUUCGCUCAAACAAUGCAGGCCAUGCUUUACGCGACAGACGGCGUUAACAGUGAUGCCGACUUCAACAAAGCCAUGGUUGGCGUGGCUAGUAUAUGGUAAACUUGUUCCGUGUACCUUAUUUUCGGCUGACGCGUUGUCAGGUACGAAGGGAACCCGUGAGUCAAAGGUGCUCAGCUGUUCCUUGCUGAAUGCAGACCUUCUCAGAUGCAACAAGCACCUUUUGGGUCUGGGACAGGACAUCAAGGCUUCGCUGACCGACGCGGACCUUAUUGGAUACCAGUUCGGUGCUGUCGGUGU